AUGGGCAAGCAAAAGAUUGUCCUCAAGUUGCCCCUGGAUGACGAGAGGAAGAGGAGGAAGGCCUUCAAGGCUGCUGUGGGCAUGAAUGUGAUCAAGUCCCAAGUUCUGACAAGUGAUGUGGCGCUGGACGUACGAUUCCGAUCCGCAGGUGUGACAUCCGCCACGAUGGAGGGCGACAAGAUCAUCAUCGUCGGCGACGGUGUGGACCCCAUCACGCUGACGACCAUGCUCCGGCGCAGCCUCGGCUACGCGGAACUGCUCAGCGUCAGCUCCGGCGACGACAAGAAGAAGGGCGAUGGGUAUGGCUACGGGAGCGGCGGUGGCAUGAUGUACGGUGGUGGCGGUGGCAUGGGCUACGGCGGCGGCGGCGGCGGAUUUGGUGGUGGCAAAGAGGGCAAAGAGGGAAAGGAGGGCAAAGAGAGCGGCGGUGGCGGCGGCAGUGGCAAGGGCAGCAGCGGCCCUGCAGGCUACGGCGGCCACUACCAGGCGAUGCCGCCGGUCUCGUACCCUGCCUACCAGCAGUACAACCCCAUGCCGUCCUACCCUGCCGUCUACUCCUACCCUGCAGCUUACCCGCAGCAAGAACAGGACCCUGGAUGCAGCAUCAUGUGA